UCGCCGUUGCAUUGCGCUCGCAGAGCAAUCCGUGUGCUGCCUCCCCUCGCAGCGGCUCGGCUCGUUAAUUAAUCACGGAUCGAUUUACAUUCGCGGAACGCCUCCCCCGUCUUGCAGAUUAACACAAAAAAAACGCAACACCGCCACCACCACCACCAGACCACUUGUUUCAUUAUUUUUAUUAUUUCAUCGACACCAGCAUCAUCACCAUCACCAUCCAGCCAGCAUUAUCUUACACAGCAGCAACAGGAGCGGAUGUCGGCAGAGAACGCGGCCCUAGUUUGACUGAACACCUCACACCCACACCCCCCACCCCCCCAUUUCUUAGCACGUCCGCCGGCUUCGGGACGACAUCGGGCGGCCGCGCGGCGUCAGGCAACGCCGCAGGCUCUGCGGCCUGGGCCUCGGGCCUAGCGGCGGGGGUAGACCACGGCGCUCGGAUAGAGAGCUCUGCCGGCCGAGGCGGGGGUUGGUCGGCCAGAGGGUGCGCGCCCGUGGCGGCGCGGCCCGGCAGGACGCGGUGUCGCUGCCACAGGCUUGAUGCGGCUUUCGCCAUCUUGGCCAGGCGUGAGGCCGACUCGCUGACAUCAGAGGUCGCAAACGGGUUUUGAUUCCUUACCCGUACCCGGCCGCACCAGGGUCGCAAAUGGGACAUGGAUCAGGCGAGCACGUUGUCGCUGACGCUGGUGGUGGGCUGCACAGUUUCUUCGCUCGCCCUCCUCUGCCUCAUUGUGGUCUACGCGCUCUACUGGAGGGUCGUGCGCUCUGAGAGGGCCGUGAUCCUCAUCAACCUCUGCAUCUCCAUCAUCUCCUCCAACGGACUCAUCCUGCUGGCGCAGACGCUCAUGCAGCAGAGGGCCGCGUGUGUGGCCACGGCCGCUUUGCUGCACUUCACGUUCCUGGCGUCGUUCUGCUGGGUCCUGGCCGAAGCGUGGCACGCCUAUACCGCCGUGGGCGGGCGUCUCCGCCGACGACUCAUCCACAAGCGCUUCCUGCUGCUCGGAUGGGGCUUCCCGGCGAUGACGGUCGCCUUUUCCUGUGGCCUCACGAAGAUGAAGGGAUACGGAACCCACAGCUACUGCUGGCUCUCUUUGGAGGGUGGACUUCUCUACUCUUUCGUGGGACCGGCUGCUGUCGUGGUGCUGAUUAACAUGGUGAUUGGAAUUCUGGUCUUCAAUAAACUCGUCACGAGAAACGGCGUGCCCGACAAGAUCCGGAAGGAUGCCCCCCACCGUCACCCGGGAGAGCAACCCAACGGCUCCACCCUGCGCUGCUCCAAAUGCGGCGCCAUGUCCAGCAGCUCCCUGAGAGACUCCACUCACAGCAACGCCAUGGCCUCCCUGUGGAGCUCGUGCGUGGUGCUGCCUCUGCUCGCGCUCACGUGGAUGUCGGCCGUGCUAGCCAUCACCGACCGCCGCUCGUCGCUCUUCCAGGUCCUCUUCUCCGUGUUCGACUCGCUGCAGGGCCUCGUCAUCACCGCGGUGCACUGCUUCCUGCGGCGCGAGGUCCAGGUUGCUAUCCGUCGCCGUCUCCGAGGCUGUCAGGGGGAGGUGAACGACUGCAGCGUGAAUCUUCCCAACGGCCACUCCGUCAUGAUGGGUUGUGAAAAAAGCUUGGACGGCACUUGCACAGAAGACCCCAGCAAGGAGGCCUUGAUUGGCCCGGCCUUCCCCGUACUGCACCACCCCCACCUCGACACCGACGCCACUGAUGGCGCCCAAGAAGGUGAUGAUGAUGAAGGAGGAGGAGGAGGCGAUGACGAUGACGGUGGCGAUGACUGUGACCACGACGAUGCCGACGACGGCAACAACGGCAGCGAUGCCGAAGCGGCGGUCGCGCAACCGGCGGACGGAGAGGCGGGCGCAGCCGGGAAGAGUUCUGGAGCCAAACGGGAUGGGGCAGCCGGGGCAGCUGGGGAGGGUGACGGGACAGAGGGGCCAUCUGGGGAUCUUCCUGGGGAGGCCGAGGCCUGUGCCGGGGCAGCGGCAGCCACGGAGGGAGCCGGGGGAGAAGCGGGAACUGGAUCUGGAAGCAGAACUGGAGUCGGUCUUGGAGCCGGGUGCCGGGGUGCGCACGUGGGGAGCAACGCUGCACCCGCCCAGCCGGCGCCCCCCAGCCUCGUGGAGUCAGUGCCCCUGCUCACGCAGAGACCGUACACCUACCUGGGCUCGGAGGGCAUCAACGAACUGCAGAAUUAUUGCACGCGGAGGGACGAGGGCGAGGGGUCCGGGAACUCCAGCGACGCCCGCUCGCAGUCGAGCGACGUCACGUCCGCCCCGGUCGCGGGCAACUCGGGGAAGAAGGCGGUGGGCGGAGGGGUCCCCGGGAAGACGGACGCCGGCGACGCGGUGUCCAACGCCAGCGAGAGCUCGCUCGAGCGACGAAAGUCCAAGUACUCCGACCUGGAUUUUGAGAAAAUCAUGCACACGAGAAAGAGACACAAGGAGAUGUUGAACCAGCCGUUCAUGGACAAAGACACCGUCAAGGUGGACUCGGAGGAGCCGCUGCGGAGCAGGACGGCUCAACCUGCGCACGCCGCUCCGCACCCCUCGCACCCACACAUGCAGCAGCCGCUGUCCGCCCAGCAGCAGCAGCAGCAGCAACAGCAGCUGCUUCUGCUGUCGCUGCAGCAGCCGCACCCGACGCAGCCACUGAUGCAGCAGCAACCGCUCACUCACGCGCUCCACCAGCAGCAGCAGCUGCAGUUGCUGUCGCUCCAGCAAGCGCAUCAGCAAGCGCACGCGACGCAUCAGGCGCACCCCCUGUUGCCGCCCCCCUACGCCCACGGCGGGGGAGGGGUCCCGCGUAUCCCCGGCCUUCACCAGGGCGGCCCCCCCCUCCUCUUCCCCCAAGCGAGCACUCGGCGCCCGCCGGCCUAUACCCCGUGCCCCGCCCCCUCUUCCUCCGCCUCCUCUUCCGCCUCCUCCUCGUCCGCUGCUACCUGCUGCUCGGCGGCUGUUGCAGGGCAGCAGCAGAAGCAUCAGCAGAAGCAGCAGCAGCAGCAGCUGCCGCCCCCUCUGCCGUUGCGCCCCCCGCGGCGAUCGGUGGAGUGCGAGCGGCCCGGGGCGGAGUUGCCGCUGGUCUACCAGGAGGGCGACCUGCAGACGGAGGUGUGAUGGUGACGGUGGUGACGGUGGCGGCGGUGACACUGGUAACGGUGAUGUUGACGGUGAUAACACUGACAAUGAUGAUGAUGACGGUGGUGGUGAUGGUGGUGAUCGUGGUGAUGGUGGCGGUGACACUGGUAAUGGUGACUGUGGUGGUGGCGGUGACCGUUGUAACACUGGCAGCAACGGCGACAAAAGUGGUGUCGAUGGUGAUGGGAAUGACAUUGGUGGUGGUGACGGUGGCGAUGACGCCCGGGGAUGGUUAUAGGAAUGGCGAUAACAAUGUUGAUGGUGACAACGAUGAUAAUGAUGGUGGUGGUCACGAGAAUGGUGGUGGCGAUAGCACUGGUCACACUGAUGCCGGUGAUGGUAGCGACGGUGGGUGAUGGCGGUGGUGGCGGCGGCGCAUUGAUGACGAUGGGCAUAACAACAGUGGCGGCGGUGAUAUUGUUGUGGCGUGACCAUGGCGACGGUGACGAUGGUCGUGGAUGCGACGGCGAUGACGUGGAUAACGACAGCAGCAGCAGCGAUGAUGGUGAUGUUGCUGAUAAUGACUGAUGAUGAUAUGAAGACAACAAUGAACCCUCUCUGCUGCUGGUGUGAAGUGAUGGUGACGGUGGUCAUGGUGGUGACGACGGUGGUGGUGGUGAUGGUGACGGUGGUCAUGGUGGUGACGACGGUGGUGACGACGGUGGUGGUGACGGUGGUCAUGGUGGUGACGACGCUGGUGGUGGUGAAUGACGGUGGUGGUGGCGGUGGUCAUGGUGGUGAUGGUGAUGGUGACGGUGGCCAUGGUGGUGACGACGGUGGUGGUGACGGUGGUCAUGGUGGUGAUGGUGGUGACGACGUUGAUGGUGACUGUGGUGGUGGCGGUGGUGGUGGUGACGACGGUGGUGGUGGUGAUGACGACGGUGGUGGUGGCGGUGACGACGGUGGUGACGACGGUGGUGGUGGUGGUGGCGGUGGUGAUGGUGACGACGGUGAUGGUGGUCGUGGUGGUGGAGAGGGCAACACGAUUGACCGACUCGUACUUUGAGACGGCACAUUGCAUUGGGGGUCACUCGUAGAACACUGGAUAUUUUUUGUUAUAUUAUCAUAUACAAUCCAUUGUUCAUUCGCAGAGUCAAACAGUCUCUUAGCCAGUCUUAAGACGCAGACAUGUAGAGUAAACACACGUUUUUAUCUGUGUUUGAGGCAAUGUUAAUGAUGAUGGUGCCAAGUUGUUUUACAAAUCAUAUCUAUAUAUGUUGCGUGCACUUAAUCUACUGUCAAGACGAUCGCUUCUAUAUUUUAUUGACCCAGUACAGCAAGUAGGUUGUUCAAGGUUCUCUUGCCAUAGUUGAGUUUUGCAAGUUAUUCCCGUACCCUACACGUGGCUUUCUCCAGGCACUGCUUAUGUUGGUACUAAACGUUCGUCUUCUAAAAGUAAUUGGCCAAACAUCCCAAUGCAAAGAUGCUCCUUAAUACUGGGUAAUAGUUUUUUUUUUAUCUGAAAAAUUCAAUGCUUACGAGAUGGAUUCCAUUACAUUUGAAUGCAGGCAAUUAUGCAAAUCUGGCAUGUCCAUUUUAUUUUAAUUAACAUGCCAUGGUAGACUUUAAUUUGAUUCGAAUCGUUUUCAUUAUGAAUGUUACUUUGUGUGCAUGUCUGUACGUACACGUGUGUGUGUGUGUGUAACCACAGCGGCAGUGAAUUGGUUAGCGCUACGAACCCGGCCACCUGAAUUCGAUUUCCACUCACGGCCAACACCCAGUGACGAUUAUCUGAAUCGGUCCUGGGCUUCCCCUAGGUCGACUCUGCCUCAAAUAAAUACCUGGUGCAGUGUAUAAACAUCGCCAUUGGGGAGACAAAGGCGGCCGGGCGUGGUAAUGGCCACCCACCCCCUCGUGUGCCAUGCCGGGUUUCGUAGGUGCUCGCUAACAGCACUUUCCCCAACAGUCUGUUUAGGCUAUACGGGGAUCUUUGUUUUGUGUGUAAACACACACGUAUACGCACAGGAUACACACCUACCAAUGCUGUGAAUGCAUCGGUUCCUGUAUUGUACAUAUGUAUCAGUGUGUACAUAUUCUUGUGUAUAUAGAUGUGUACAUAUCGCUAUAGGUUACAUGGGGAGCGGUGGAGCAGAUGUUCACACACCACACCACGAAUCCCGGCAACCCGAGUUCGAUUCCUAGCCGCGAUGCACGUCACCAUUUAGUAACUGCACUGGCCUGGGCCACCGCUAGGUUGACUCUGCCUGAAGUAAUACCAGGUGUGGCAGUGCUGUUAGUGGUUGUGGGUCUUGAUAAUAUAUCAGCCUUGGGUUGGAGACUAGGUGGCUGGGUGUGUGAGUUGUUUGUGUGUGCGAGUAUCUUUGUGUGUGUGUGUAGGGAGCGGCGGCAUCGCGGUUAGCGCCACGAUGCGCUACGAAUCUGGCGACCCGGGUUCGAUUCCCGCUCACGGCCAACACCCAGUGACGAUCAUCUGAACCGUUCCCGGGCCUCCCCUAGGUCGACUUGGCAUCAAAUGAGUACCUGGUGCGGUGUGUACAUCAUCGGCACUCGGGAGACAAAGGCGGCCGGGCGUGGUGUUGGCCACCCACCCCCUCGUGUGCCGUGCCAUCCUAUAUAGAUGCUCGCUAACAGCACUUGCCCCAACAAUCUGUUAAGGCUAUAAGGGGCGAUCUUUAUCUUUGGUGCAGUGCUUUAGCGCACCGCACUACGAACCCAGCGACUCGAAUUCAAUUUCCACUCUGGUCCUAGACCUCCCUGAAGUUGACUCGACCGGGUUGAACAGCCCGUGCAGUGUCGAAACAUCAGCAUUGGGGAGACAUAGGUGCUCGCUCACAGCACUUGUCCCAAAAGUGUGUUUAGGCUAUAUGGGGGGGGUCUUUGUCUUUUGUGUGCGAGUGCAUGUGUGCAUGUGUGCGCGAGUGUGAUCUUAGUGGCGGAGUAGGGUCUGAACCUGUCCUGGGGUUCCCCUAUGUCAACUCGGCCUUCAAUGAGUACCUGGUACCGCUCGCAAUGAGUGCGGGUGGCGUGGGUAGAGAUUCUCCGGCCGGCCGGUCCGGCG